GUGCGCCAGUAAUGAGCUUCACGCCGAUACCGCCGGUCGUUUAAGUCUCCACGGCGUUCUCCACGAUAAUAAUUACUAUUAUAACCGCGAAUAAUACAAAUUACAGUUUUAGUUUUAAUUUUAUUAUAUAAGAUUAGUUUUGUUUUCGACUAUUACCAUGGUAUACAUUAGUGCACAGUGUUCUUGUAACCGCUGCUGUGAUCGCGACAUCGGUUCGACAUUUAGUCGGAUAUCGACUUAAUAACGGCGGAUUUGGAGGCUAAUUACAUAUUUUGAUUAAAAAAAAAAAUAAUGUUGAACGUGUGGUAAUUGGCAAGAUUUGAAAUUUGACAAGAUGGUCAAGCGUGUCGGCAAGCAUCAUUAUGUGGCCACACCCGGUGAAAACAGGCACCAUCAUAGGUCAUCAGAAAUGCUGCCGUACGUACAACACCGAGGAUACUCUACCGAUGGAGAAGACAGCCAAAGAACGUUGUCCGAGUACACCAUCGCCACGGACAGGCCGUCGUCCCGCGGCCACCGGACUACGCGGUCCAAGAGAUCGCGUAGCCUGGACAGGCCGUCCAGCAGUUCCCGCGCUCGGUCGGCGGGCAGCCAUCACGAUUCCGACGUGUACGUCACCAGCGCCGCGUACCGGCCGCCGUCAGAAAUGAGCCGGGGAUCGCAUUACACGAGCAGAAGCAACCGGAGCAGAGGCGCGCCCAGCCACUAUUCGUACCGCAGCAACGGCAGGGCACCGUCCGAAGUGUCCACGGUCAAGUCCAAGAUCACCCGCAAGCCCGGCGUCACCAUCGAGACAAUGUCGGCGCCCAACCCGUUCUGCCCAAACACCAAAGGCAUGUGCUGCCUGAUGUUGCUGCUCAAUCUGGGACUGAUUUUGGUCACUCUGGGCUUUGUCAUCGUCAUACAGUUUUUCGAACCCCUUUUCGUGUGGGUAUUGGGCAUAGUGUUUCUGAUAUUUGGAUUCCUCACGCUCAUGGGCAGUCUCAUUUACUGCGUGACCGUGUGCAGGGACGCCAAAACUCCCAAGGAGGUGGCCAUGCAAAACCACUACUGGACCAAUCACUGGCAAAAGAGUUUUGGAGCCACACCAGAAAUCCAUUACAAGACCGAGAAGUAUCCACCGCAACCUGUACACCAUUCUUCCGACCACGACGAGUACAGCGACCGCUUCUCCAUCGGAAAACAUUCCGACAGGCACAUGCACGGCCGCAGAUAUUGACUUGACCUAGAAGAUAAAGAAGAAGAAAAUGAGUGUUAGUUGCUGCUAUUCAAUCAUCAUACUUUGUUGUUAAAAUUAUCAGUUUUAGCAAAAAUUUUAAAUUAUUAUAAAACGAAUAACACAAUACAUACAAAUUAAAAAACAAUGUCUCACACCUUACACAUAAUAGAACGAUGCCUGCGAUUAACUCGACAAACACCUAAUAAGUUCCAAUUAUGACUAGAAGAAAAAUGUUUAGUUCAGUCAUUUUUUUUUUUUUUGAAAAAGGUACACGUGAUUAUACUUACAAUUCGCGUAAAAUAUUAUUAAUGUUACAUGUAAUUUAUUAUCAUUGUUCAGUUCGAUUGAUUUACCAGGUCGGUAAAAACUAGUUUAAUUUUUUAAUUUAAGAAUCCCUAAUUUUUUGUUUUAUAAUAAUGUUA